AUGAAUAUACUUAUUGGGUUGUUAGAAUUUUUACAAUUACACAUACGUGUGAAAGGCCAAACUAUAGGAGGUAGAGAUGUGUCGGAUCACACUCCCAUUUGGAUUCGAGACAACAAAAGGAAUUGGGGUCCCAAACCUUUUAGAUUCAAUAAUCUUUGGUUUAGUCACAAGGAUUUUUUCUCAUUUGUGGAGAAGGAGUGGAACUCUUUGGAUGUGAAGGGUAGGGGGGACUAUUGUCUUGUAGAAAAAUUGAAGGCUUUAAAAUUCAAAAUGUCUUUAUGGAAUAAGGAGGUGUUUGGAUGGAUUGAUCUUAAUAUAGAGGAGGCGGAGAAAGAGAUGCAUUUUUUAGAUAACAAGUUUGCUCAUUUUGCAGGUGAUUGCAACACGAGGUACUUUCAUAAUUCUCUUAAAGAGAGAAGACGGCGGAACUCUUUGUGCUCUCUUUUGUCUAGUAGAGGUGUGCUUGAGGAUGUUAAUGAGGUCAAAGACUUUAAUUUCAAUCAUUUCAAGUCUUUCUUCGAGGACUCCGAGGAGGGGAGGCCGAACCUUAGUGGUUUGGAUUUGAAGAAGCUUCAUGUUUCGGAGGGGUUGAGUUUAGAGCGUCCAUUCACGGAGUUGGAAAUUAAGGAGGCCAUUUGGUCGUGUGAUGUCAACAAAAGUGCCGGGCCAGAUGGAUAUUCUUUAGAUUUCUUCAAGAGGUUUUGGAGUGUGAUUCGGGUUGAUGUUUUGAAAAUGUGCAAUUACUUUUAUCUUAAAGGCUCUCUUGUGAAAUCUAUCACCUCUUCUUUCCUUGUUUUGAUUCCAAAAACCAACAACCCUCAAUCUUUAGGCGAGUAUCGUCCAAUUUGUUUGGUGGGUAGCAUCUACAAAAUUAUUGCGAAAAUUUUAGCGGCUAGAUUGAAGGAGGUCAUUGGGAAUUUGGUGUCUACCAACCAAACCGCUUUUGUCCCGGGUAGGAACAUGAUGGAUGGUGUUCUUUUGGUCAAUGAAAUUUUAGAUUGGUCGAGGAGGAAGAAAAGAAGUUGUCUCCUUCUCAAGGUGGACUUUGAAAAGGCGUAUGAUUCCGUAUCUUGGCAAUACCUUAGAGAAACUUUGUUGAGGAUGGGUUUUGGCUCUAGGUGGAUGAGGUGGAUGGAUGCUUGUAUUUUUAACAAUCAUAUGUCUGUGUUGGUUAAUGGUAGUGCUACUAAAGAGUUUAAGGUGCAAAAAGGAUUAAGACAAGGGGAUCCUUUGUCCCCAUUUCUCUUUGUUCUUGCCAUGGAAGGAUUGACCGCUUUAGUGAAGAAGUCAGUAGAGGUGGGGAACUUCAAACCUUUUAUGUACGGGGAGAACGAUAGUAUGGACAUUCUACAAUUCGCGGAUGACACUAUUAUUCUAGGUGAAGCGUCUUGUGAUAAUAUUUGGAAUAUGAAGGUGAUUUUGAGAGGGUUUGAAUUGGUUUCCGGGUUGAGGAUUAAUUUUUCCAAAAGCAACAUUAUAGGGGUGAAUGUUGGUGAGUGGUACAUGAAUGCCGCCAUGACUUUUCUCUCUUGUAAGAAAGGAGUGGCUCCUUUCAAAUUUCUUGGAAUCAUGGUGGGGGAUAAUCCUAGAAGGAAGAAGGUGUGGUUGGAAGUGGUCAAUAACAUAAAGAGGCGUCUUUCUUCGUGGAAGGGAAGAAACAUUUCAAUGGGAGGUAGAGUAACAUUAAUCAAUUCGGUUUUGAAUUCCAUUCCUGUAUUUACUCUCUCCUUUUUUAAGAUUCCCGGAAAUAUCGCCAAAUCAAUAAGGAAAAUUCAAAGUGAGUUUUUAUGGAGUGGCAAGCUUGAAAAUAGGAGCAUUCAUUUGGUUAAGUGGGAGGUGGUGUGUAGGCCUAAGGCGAAGGGUGGUUUGGGGGUUAGAGAUGUAAGAGAAAUGAACAAAGCUCUCCUUUUGAAAUGGAAGUCGAGAAUCCUUCAUGAUAAUGAAGCUAUUUGGCAUAGAUUUUUUAAGGUGAGGUAUGCUUGUCCUAAAAUAAGAAUUCAAGAUGUUGGGGAUGCUUUUCAUAGAAGCGAUGAUUCCAUUUGGUGGAGAGAUAUGUGUAUGAACAAUUUGUUGGAUAACAUUAUAGAUAACGGUUUCUCCGGAUGUUUCAAUUGUUCUUGCAAAAAUGGAAUGGAUGUUCUUUUUUGGCUCAAUAAAUGGUUGGGAGAACAACCACUUUGCAUGGAAUUCCCGGACUUGUAUGAAUUGUCAAAUUGGAAGCAUUGUACAGUGGCAGAGGUGUUAGUGCGGACUGGAGGUUCGGUUAGGUGGGAUUUUGGAGGCCUUUUUUCAGCCGGUUCUACUCACGGCUUUUCCAACACUACCGCGGCAGCAUCCAGUCCAAACUGGACUCGGUUUUGUGACCGCAUACGGGGAUUCACUCCUAGUGAGAACGGUUGCGACACUUUUUCGUGGUCUUUAGACGAGGAUAAGGAUUUCACCGUUGCGAGCAUUACUCACGCGAUUGAUAGUGCCAAAUCUUUUGCAUGGGAUUAUCAUUUGAUUAAUUCCUUGAAAGUGAUGUGGGAUCUUAAACUACUGCCCAAGAUUAAGGUCUUUGCUUGGAGAUUCUUUAUUGAUCGGCUUCCUACUAGAGAGCAAUUAUUGAAAAGAGGUGUUGAUAAUGUCUCGAGCCCGGAUUGUGUGAUGUGUCGUUCUUCCUUUGAAUCAUCUUCCCAUCUUUUUUUCACUUGUCAAGAGGCGAAAAUAAUUUGGAAACACGUUUUUAUUUGGCUCGGAAUUUCAGAGGCAAUUAAUGUGGAGGAGAUAAUUUGUUUCGAUGUUAUUCAAGAAAAGGUGAAAUGUUGCAAGCGAAGAAUUUUAAUCAAUUUUGUUUGGGUAGCUACUAUUUGGAGCAUUUGGCUUUUGAGGAACGCCAUUAUCUUUAAGGGGGAGGUGUUUUGCUUUGAUGUUAUUUGUUCUAACAUUGUUUUUCUUUCUUGGAGAUGGAUGUAUAGUGGAUAUACUAAGUUUAGACCAACCUAUUAUGAAUGGUUUAAACUUCCUUUAUCCGACACAUGCAGUCUAUAG